AUGUUUUUCGUUGGAAGACUUAUUGUUUUGAUCACAUUCCUUCUAUAUUUUGGUUGUGGAGCCUGCGCUGACGAUCGUGUCCUACUGCGAGACGUUAAUACAAUUACUUUACGAGACGGACAAUAUACAACUGGACGUCGGUCAGCACCUGUUCCCCAGUUGAAAUGUGUUGGAGGGGAAGCAAAAGGACAAUUCAAGCCCCGCGCUGUCCAAUGCGUAAAACAAGGUUUUGACGGAAUUGAUUACCAGUGGAAGUGCACUGCUGAUAUGCCUUAUGAGUUCGAAUUUGGAAAGGUGACUGUCACUUGUGAAGGCUACAGUUAUCCCGAGGACCCUUAUAUUCUGAAAGGAAGUUGUGGACUAGAAUACGACUUAGAAUAUGCUAACACUGCUUAUGCGAAAAAGGAUGUGGGUAGGAGUCGAACUAAAUCACAUUGGUGGUCCUGGUUUACCCAAGAAAACAUCGCUAACGCUAUUGUCGCGCUCUUCAUUCUUUACGUCUUAUAUUCCAUGUUUUUUGCUAAUACCGCACGUCAAACUCCUCGCACUGGUCCUCGAUACGGUUGGUUCGGAGGCGGUUUUGAUGGAGGACCAGGAUAUCCGGGCGGACAUCCCCCUCCAAGCGCCCCUCCCCCACCACCUAGUUACGACGAUACAAUGGGUUAUAAGAGUGGGUAUCACUCUAGCGCAUCUUCUAGUGGAAGUGGGCCUGGAUUUUGGACCGGUGCAGGUCUAGGAGCGCUAGGUGGCUAUCUUUUCGGGAGAAACAGUGGGCCCUCUUACGGAUUUACACAACCGAGGGUGAACGAACGUUUUAUGAGAGAUACGGGUUUCGAUGACUCGCACGUGGAUCAGCCCAGCACAUCGGAGGUCCGAGAAAGUACAGGCUACGGUGGUACAAGACGAAGGUAA